UUCCGGAUUGAAAUCAGUUCGUACAAAAAAAUAUUUCUUUAAAUCACUCUGCAGAAGCAUUCCCUGCUGACAAAAUUUUGCAACCAAAAGAAAAGGAAAAUGCCUGCUUCUUCAAUGGAGUUUCCAGUUCUCACGGGUUCUCAUGUAGUUUCUCGCAUUUCCUUAUUGACCCGUUUCUCUUCGAAGCCUGUUUUCUUCAAUUCAUUCUUUGGUCCCAAAAGUUUGUGUUGUAAAAGAUUGUGUUAUAACCCUACGUCUGUUGUUAAAAUUUCGAUGAGUAUGGAGAAACAGUCUAGCUCUUUAAAUGGGUACGGCCAAAACAUGGAGCGGAACAGUGGGGUGCUCGAAGUGAUUGCCAUUGGUAGUAGGAAAGAUGCUCUACUUGAAUUUUGCUUGGACUCGCCUUUCCAGUCGUCUUCUUUGAGAUUUUGGAAUGUUCUCAUGAAAGACUCAUCAAAUGUGCAGUUACAUCAAAGGUUCCUAGGAAAAGAUCUUACACCAAGGAUUGUGGAAGCUGCUAUUUUCAUGCAGUCAUGUCCAAAAACUAUUAUCCUUGUGGCUGGUGCUGGGUAUGGCUCGGAUCACAUUGCAGUAAUGGAAAUUCUUAAAACAAUAAGAGCUUCCAAUGGAUUUUCUGUUGCUAUAAUUUUAAAGCCUUUCACCUUUGAGGGGCAAAGACGACUUGAUGAGGUCAAGGAUUUGGCAGGAAAACUUCAAGAGCUUACAAAUUUUUGUAUUGAAAUUGACACUGACUCCUUGCUAAAAAACGAAUUGGUGACUCUAGACGAGGCUUUGAAAACUGCCAAUAAUGCUGUUUUCCUUGCCAUAAAUGCUAUAUCAGUUGUCAUAAGUGAGGUGCAAAUAAAACUUAUUGAUGCAGUUCAUGAUAAUAUGAAAGAACUAGGAGUUUCAGAAGUUAUAAAUAUUCUUGGAAAGUACAAAGAAGCAAAACUUGGAUUUGGAGCUGGUUACAACAUCAGAACUUCAAUUUUGCAAGCUAUGUAUGACUGCCCUUUUAUUGGUGCAGGGGUAAAGGACCUCGACGGCAUGGUUAUAUGUGUUGUUGCAAGUUCUAAUGUUAUCAACAACAAUGAUGUGCAAGCCUUUUUGCAUACAUUCCGUCAAACUACAGAGUACACUAAAGAUAUCAUUAUAUCUGUGGUUCAUGAACCUAAGCUCGAGCCCAACCUUCUAGUCACAACAGUUGUUAUCUUGGGUCAUCUUGAAGAACAAGCUUCAAAGAAAAGCAGCAUCUUCACUAGACUGGCACAGCAUUUCCCGUUUGUUUUUAAUCUAUUGAGGAGACAUCCUUCACGGUCAAAUGAUACAAAUGAUGUCAAGGUGAUGAAUAGGACUGAUUCUGAUGAAAUGGGAAAAGAAGUAGCUUUAGAAGGCAUAUCUGGAGGCUUUGAUGAUCGCCAUGGUGAAAUUCAGGAUACACUGAACGACAAAUCCAGUGAUAUCUACUCUUUGAGAAAUUAUGACAGUGGAUCUGAUCAAAACGAGAUUGCUUUACUGGAUGGAAAAACCGACUUUUCCAGCUAUUAUGAUGAUAUUACUGAAGGUAUUCCUACUUUCUCUCGGGAACCACUGAGCCACUGGAAUUUGGGGCCUGGGAAUCAGCUUGCAAAGGAGUGGGCCAAAGAAAGAGCAGCUGACUCAGAAGCUACGCCAGUUCUUGAUAAUCUCAGAAUUUUCUGCCUUCCUGUUGGGGUAAGGUCUUCGGAAGAGCCAGAAGAGGGUAUUAGUACAUUGAAUGCCAUGGAAUUUUCAGAAUCAAAAUCUGAAAAUGUUGUCAAAGCCCCAGCACUUCCCAGUUCAAGUAGGUCUUUGGGUGCAUUUUCUGAUGCAAGUUUUGAAGCAAUGAAGGAAUUUUAUAACAGUGGAUCUACGCUAUUAAAGGGAAAGACUGGUGUUCCUAAGAAGCAGGGAGUACUUUCUGCUCGUGCAGCUUCUAUGCUGGAAGCUGAGCGAGACUCACCAAAGAAGUGGAGUCCUAUUGUGGAGAUGCAUUAUAGAGGAGGAGUCUACAGAGGACGAUGCCAAGGAGGUCUUCCUGAAGGAAAGGGUCGUCUUAUUCUUGGUGAUGGAAACAUUUAUGAUGGUAUGUGGCGCUAUGGUAAGAGAUCAGGUGUGGGUACAUUCUAUUUCAGUAAUGGGGAUGUUUUCCAGGGAUCCUGGAGAGAUGAUCUGAUGCAUGGCAAGGGUUGGUUUUAUUUUCACACUGGAGAUCGGUGGUUUGCGAACUUUUGGAAGGGAAAAGCCAAUGGUGAAGGUCGCUUCUAUUCAAAAUCUGGUGAUGUCUUCUUUGGCCAUUUUGAAGAUGGUUGGCGGCAUGGCCACUUCCUCUGUAUUACCGUUGAUGGAACAAGGUGCAUUGAGAUCUGGAACGAGGGUGUGCUCAUGAGCCGACAGCAAUUGGAUGCCGAUGCUGUUCUUUGAUAAAAUCUCUAAAAAUGUUCUAAAUUAUGUGGCGUAUAUAUUAACCUAUUUUGUAUAGCCAAUUUACAUAAUUUCUUCAUACCACACAUGACACAUUAUAUUCGGAAACCUUAUAAUAAAAUUUUCUUGUAUUUUUGUUCA